UAAUGCGUCAAGCCAAUGGAAACCACGGGGAAUCCUGAUAAGAGCGACAAUCUAGGGAGAGACGCUAUCGCGGCCUCAGGUGUGCUGAUAACGCGUGACGUCACAGCGCGCGCGCGGCCUCCUCAGUCGUGUUGCGCGCGCACGAGUGAACGUGCGUUUUUGUGUUUUUUGCGCGGCGUCGCCGCCGGCGCGAUGAGCUCGGGCAGUGAUGAGAGUGUGGAAAAACCUCGGUGGCCCGGCGGCAUCUUGCGCAGGAGCGGCGCGCGCGUUGCGCGCCGCGUCCUCCACGUCAAGUACCGCAGCGUCUCGCCGGUCCCGAGCGCCUUACCGCUGGACUUGGACGACACCGUCUCAUGCUUCUGCAGGAAGGCGCGGCGCAAAGACCGCGAGGGCGAGGCGGCAGGCGACCCCAAGCUUUACCUCCAGGAGGCGCUGCUGGAGCGCAAGCUGCCGGAGCUGGACAUGCGGCAGCUGGUCGACCUGCCGCGCCACCUCGACUACAACGAGUGGCUCGCCUCGCACACAUUGGCGCUAUUCGAGCACGUGAACCUGGUGUACGGUGCGGUGUCGGAGUUCUGCACGGCGAGCAGCUGCCCCGACAUGUCGGGCCCCGGCGGGCGCGUGUACGCGUGGGUGGACGAGCGCGGCAAGAAGGCGCGCGUCGCCGCCCCGCAGUAUGUGGACUACGUGAUGACGCUCACGCAGAACACCGUCAACGAUGAGACGCUCUUCCCCACCAAAUACGCGAACGAGUUCCCGGCGAUGUUCGAGUCGGUGGUGCGGCGCGUGGUGCGGCUGCUGUUCCACGUGGUGGCGCACCUGUACGCGGCGCACUUCCGCGAGCUGGCGCUGCUGCGCCUGCACGCGCACCUGCACCUCACCUUCGCGCACCUCACCGCGCUGGACGCGCGCUUCCAGCUGCUCGACCACAAGGAGACCGAGGUGCUGCGUGACCUGGAAGUGGCGCUCCGACUGUCGGAGCCGGCCUCGUCGCCGCGACGCUCGCCCGUCGUCACGCAGCCGCUCGGCGCCGCGUGACCGGCGACGCCCAGCAGCAGUGACUGCGCUGUGUGACCGGCGGCGCCUUCUAGCAGUGACUGCGCCGUGUGAUCGGCGGCGCCCACUAGCAGUAACUGCGCCGUGUGACGGCGGCGCCUUCUAGCAGUGAC